UGUUGGCAUUAUUUUUGUAAACUUGUUUUUAUUUGUGACAAAAGUUUCAUUUUUCUUCUUUCUCGCCCUCCUUCUGCCUUGCAGAUUGUAGAACAAGGAAAGAACGCAAAGAGCUUCCACUACAUCCUCGCCAACCUGGGUUUCCUGGACAUCGACCUGACAGACCUGAGGAAAGGCGGUGCCAACAUCACGGGCUUCCAGCUCGUUAACAACUCCGAGCCGAGCGUGAGCCGCAUCGUCCAGCAGUGGAUGGAGUUUGACAAUAAAGACUCCAAAAUGCCCAAGACUGGACUCAAAUACAUGGGCGCGCUGACAUACGACGGGGUGAAAGUCAUGUCCACAGCCUUCCAGUACCUGAGGAGACAGAGGAUAGACAUCUCUCGCCGCGGCAACGCUGGAGAGUGUCUCGCCAACCCGCCAGCCCCUUGGGGACAGGGCAUAGAUAUCCAGAGAGCCUUGCAGCAGGUUCAAAUUGACGGACUGACCGGUCACAUACAGUUCAACGAGAAGGGUCGCAGAACCAACUAUACUGUCAGUGUCAUGGAACUGGCCCCGUCCGGACCCAAGAAGGUUGGCUACUGGAAUGAAGAUGAGAAGUACGUGAGCACAGCCAGCCUCUCCAGGGUCAAUAAUGACACACACGGACUGCUGAACAGGACAUAUAUAGUCACUACUAUUUUGGAGUCUCCCUAUGUGAUGCAAAAGAAGAACCACGAACUGCUCGUAGGAAACGAUAAGUACGAAGGCUACAUUGUAGAGCUGGCUGCAGAGAUAGCAAAGCACGUGGGCUACCAAUACAAGCUUAAGAUCGUUUCUGACGGCAAGUACGGAGCCAAAGACCCUGAAACCCAGAAGUGGAACGGCAUGGUUGGAGAACUGGUCUAUGACAAAGCGGAUCUGGCCGUCGCCCCGCUUACUAUCACUCUCGUCCGCGAAGAGGUGAUAGACUUCUCCAAGCCCUUCAUGUCUCUGGGUAUCUCUAUCAUGAUCAAGAAACCCACAAAGUCCAAGCCUGGUGUGUUUUCCUUCCUGGACCCGCUGGCUUACGAGAUCUGGAUGUGCAUCGUGUUCGCCUACAUCGGCGUCAGCGUCGUCCUCUUCCUCGUCAGCCGAUUCAGCCCUUACGAGUGGCACGCCGAAGACUACGAGGAGGGAGCCGAGCCUCAGACUCCCACGCAAGCGGCGGCCUCCAACGGCGUGCAGCCGAGCCAGACGCCAACGCAGCAGAACGCCAACCAGCAGAGCCCAGAACAGACCAACGAGUUUGGCAUCUUCAAUUCUCUUUGGUUUUCGCUCGGCGCCUUCAUGCAGCAGGGUUGUGAUAUCUCACCACGGUAAGAGAAGCCCAGGCGGAGAUUUUGCAUCAGCUCAUCACACAGUCUUAGAGUUUUGAUUAUUGAUGCAAUGUGAAACGCAGCGCCACGACUCUGCUGGAUGUUCGUGUCGGAUCUGUUUUUCAUGAAGGAGCCGCUUUCUUCUUUUCGGCUACUUUCCGCUUUCCUGCCUUUGGAUUAUUCUAGUAGAAUCGAAACAAAACAAAACAAAAAGAAUGUCGGCACAUAUCUCAAA